GAGCUUGCCACCCAGGUCGAGGGGCGAGAUGCAACUUGCAAGGGGCGUGAGCAGUGGGCCGAGAAAAUAAAGUUAUUUUUGCUUUCACUGGCUUUUUUCUUUAGUUCCUUUUUAUUUAAACAUUUAUUAACUAAAACCAUUUUAAGCAUGGAACCCCAGAAGAAUGUUAGUUUCAAAGCGCAGACAUCAGUACCUGUGGUAAUACCCAAUAAUUCUGUGAUAGAAACCUAUGCAAUAAGUCGAUGCAGCUCGGAGCCGAUUCAGGCCAGAAUUGAGGUCAUGGACCUAAUUGGCAGUGGAUCUUUUGGCCGUGUUUACAGGGCUCGUAUAGAGGGCUAUGAGGAGCAGGUGGCCCUGAAACAGAUUCAUCACAAUCCGCAGUUCUGUCAGCGGGAGGCCGAGAUCAUGGACCAGCUGGUGGACCACUCCAACAUCGUUCGACUCAUCUUGCACUCUUGCGUGGAAUUGGGUAAUCCUCCGCGCAGCUGCAUCAUCCUCGUCAUGGAGUUCAUGCCUAUGACUCUGCUCGACUACAUCAACCAUCAUCACAGACGGAUGCACUAUUCCGAUUCACUUGUCUAUGUCCGGAUUCUCUCGUACCAGAUAUUCCGGGGACUAGGCCAUCUUCACACACUGGGCAUCUGCCAUAGGGACAUAAAGCCGGAGAAUCUUCUCCUGGACAAUCGGAGAAUGGUGCUUAAGUUGGGUGACUUUGGCAGCGCCAAGUUUUUGGUACCUCAGGAACCUAGUUUAAGUUACAUUUGUUCCAGACUAUACCGUGCCCCAGAACUGUUUGCGAAAUACCAGCUCUAUGGUUGCUCCGUGGAUGUAUGGAGCGCGGGUUGUGUUUUGGCGGAGCUUCUCAAGGGAUCUCCUUUAUUUUUAAGCAGCAUUCAUGAGCGAAAUCAGCUGGGCCAUAUCGUCAAAACUCUAGGCACCCAGGGCUUGGAUCGAGCUCCGGAAAUCCUGCAUCAGUGUGGCGAUAUUCGAAGUAUAAGUUCAACCCGUCCCAAGUGGAAUCAGUUGCUGCGCACGAUUGUGCCGCAGGAUCUCUCGGAUCUGCUGAACUCUUGUUUGGUCUACGAGUCUGGUGCCCGGAUACUACCCAUAGCGGCCUGUGCCCAUCCCAGUUACGAUGAACUCCGGGUCAUGGACACCCUUGGUCUCCCAAUGCCCAACGGUCAGAAGCUUCCCCCACUCUUCAACUUUAGCAAUCAGGAAUUGGGCAUAGACCCGAAGGUUUGGGUGCAUCUCCUGCCACUCUAUUUGGUGGAAACGAAACCGGAUGGUACUAUUGAUCCAGGCGAUGAAAACGUUGAUCAAAGUCAACAGUUUUAGGAAGAUUAUUCAGUACAUUUUGUAUAAAAUUUUAACCAAAAAUACAUAUUUUCUAAAUCUUGUAAAAACUGACUGACUAAUAUAGCUUUUAAUAAUCUGGAAG